UUUCCGGAGAUGGUCGGUAAUAUUCGCCUGAUGACGGCGAGAGACGGAGGCAGUCAGCCGAGUGCGAGCGAGACCCAUCCAGGACCAGGCUCUAGUUGAGGGAGAGACAUGUGGCCUGCUCAGGCCCAGCAAUGGGGGCAGUGGCCUGCCACACAGCCCAACCCCAUGUACCCACAGUCUUCAGAUGGCACGAUAGACUGGGCCGCCCUAGCUCAGCAGUGGAUCGCCCAGAAGGAGGCCCAGGAAGCCAUGACGGUGCAGCAACCGCCCGCUGUCCAGCCGCCGCCCUCGGAGGGAGCCGCGCCGCCGGUCACCUCGGAAGGCCAGCCGCCCGCGAGUAUGCCCGGUGAUACUAAUGGGAGUGGGAUUCCUACAGGAGGCAUGGGGUAUAGUCAGGCUAAUAUGCAGCCUUACAUGUCAGACACAUGGGCGCCAGCCUGGCCCCCCAUGCAGGCCGGCUGGAUGGCUCCGCCCAACACCCAGCCCCCACCCCCCGGGGAGGAGGGCUCCCAGCCCCAGACGUUCGACUACGGACACGGGGGCAUGCAGAGCUUCGACCACAACCACGGCAGCCAGUUCCCCCCACCCGAGAGGUUUGACUACAAUCAUGGAGGGGCCGGGACGGCUCCAGCGGGGCAGUAUGGCUACCAGCCACAGGGCUAUGGUGAGAUGUACAACCAGUACUGGCAGGGGGGUCCUGCCCCCGUACCCCCUCCCAGGGAACGCGAGUUCAGGGGGCCGGGGAGGGAGCGGGAACAGCGGAGAGACCGGUCACCCCCCUCCCCGGCUGGGGGGGCAGCUGCAACCAUAGAUGCUGCCAAACGUAAGAUCCUCCCAGCGUGGAUACGAGAAGGUCUGGAGAAGAUGGAGCGAGAGAAACAGAAGGCACAGGAGAAGGAGCAGAGGGAGAGAGAACAUGCCCAGAGACUGGAGCAGCAGAAGGAGGGAGAGAAAGAAGGACUGGGAGACGACACACAGGCAGUGUCCCCAAAAUCUCUGCUGAAGAGCAAAUAUGACUCUGAUGAGGAAGAAGCAGAGAAGUCCAAACCUUCGGAAGAAUCGGGAGACGAGCAGCCGGCCAAGAACAGAUGGGAUGACAGUGAAGAGGAGGAGGAAAAAUCCGAGGAGGAAAAACAGAUGGAAUUUGCUCUGAAAGUACGACAGAUGCUGACUGAAGUGCUGUUAGAAGUGACGAACGAAGAAAUGGCCAAGGUGGCUCGGGAAGUCUACCAGAGGGCGAAAGAGAAAGUGGCAAAAGCCCCUGCAAAGCAGCUAGCACAGUCCACUGCUCUGGCUUCUAUCAGCAGCCUCGGUAUCGGUGCGUACGGGUCGGACAGCGAGGACUCGAGCGGAGGGGAGGAGGACGAGGAAGUGGACUCGGACGUGGAGCUGAUGGAGACCAUCCGCAGGAAGCAGGAACUGCAGCGCCAGAGGGAGCUGCUCAUCGCACAGGAACCGGACACCGAUGACAUAUUUCUGGAGGAUCGCAAGCCCAAGGUCAACAGGAACGAAUCCGUAAGUCCCAAAAAGGAGCCGGAAUUCGAACGGAAACCCGCGGAGCAUUCCAAAUGGGAUCAGCUGCCCGCCGCGAUGAAAAACCAGGAGCAAAACCAUUUUGGGAAAAGGGGUCAAUCUGAGGAGAGGGGGUCUCAGGAAGAAGUAAAACAGGAGGAGGGGGGAGGGGAGAAAGAGGGGGAGGAGAAUGACGAAGUACCAAAACGACGCAAAUCUACGGUUGAAGUUGUGAAAAGGGAGGAAGAGGACAGUGACUCGGUAGAUAGUAGCAGUGACAGUAGUUCUAGCGACGAUGAGAAAUCGAGCUCAAGCUCCGAGGACAGGUCUAGGAAGAAACGACGUAAGGACAGUAAGGUUUCUUCCAGACGGAAGAGCAGACACUCCAGAAGUCGUAGUCGGUCUCCGAGACACAAGCGGCGUAGGGAGAGAAGCGAGAGUAGGGAGAGGAGCAGGAGUAGGGACAGGGAUAGGGAGCACAGGCGACAUAGGGACAGAAGUAGGAGUAGGGACAGGGACAAGAAGAGUAAGCGGGGUAGGGACAAGGACAAGAAGAGGGACAAGAGGGACAGGAGUGAAGAGAGGGACAAGAGAAGGGAUAGAAGGGAGAGUGUUAGGGAGAAGGACAGGCAGAGAUCACCCAGUGCCAGUUCAGAAAGUGGCGAUUCUCUCUCCAAAUCAAAGAGUAGUCGCCAUCGGUCGAAAAGUAGGUCCCCGAAACACAAGCGUUCGAGAGGGGACAGGGCCGGGAGGGACAGGAAGGGGGGUCGGGAGGAGGGGGACGAAUCCCGCUCGCAGUCUGAUGAUUACGAGGACACGCCCAGGGAAAAGCGGAAAAAGGACCACCACCAGAGUCGGAGUCGUUCGCGAACGCCCAAGAAAUCCCACAAAUCCAGCCGGUCGGAUUCGCGGAAGCACAGCCGGUCCUACACGCCCGAAAGGUCUGGUAAGAAGUCCGGUCGAAAACACAAGUCUAGAUCCCGCUCAAGAUCUGUGUCGCCGAAGCGGCGAAAGCACUAGGACUGCCUAAGACUUUCCUCACACUGGUUUGCCACCCAGUUGGAGCCAUCCAUCCAUCCACUUCCGCCAUUUCCACCUUGUCUUCACAAAACGCGUUUUUCUGCACAGUCAGGUUAGCUGUCCGUGGGAAGAAGUUUCCUCUGUGUUGAUGGUGUCUUUCUUCAUGUGACUUUUUGAGGCUCUUCGAACAAAGUCUUCUGAAUUUCGUAUUAUUGUAGAAUAAGAUUUUCGUGUGUCUUUUGACCCUCAUAGAUCAAAACCUUGGAACGAAUUUUGAACGUCAUUAAACAACAAAAUUCAACUUUUUUUAUACAAAACCUCUAUGUUGUCUAGGCAACAACAUGUCUUGUUAGUAACAAUUAAACCCAGGUAAAGAGAGAAUACUUCAGCAGAGUUCUGACACUUGAGUAUAACGUGGUGUAUGCAAAUUUGUGACAACUUCCACAGAGUUGUUUUCCUGUAAUUACGGUACGAAUAAUUCCUCCUCCGUCUGCAAUAGCAAGGUUGGAACACGUUCUAGCAAAUGUCUCGCUGCACACUGAUGACCACAGCUGUGAUUAGGAAUGUGUAAUAUUGUCAAUAAAUAAACUUGAGAAUUGUCA